AUGUUUCAGAACCAAGGACUUACCGUAAUCAGGAAGCGAGGUCGACCCGCUGGACGCAACCGCGUUGCAUUGACAUUGGAAGAGCGGCGCGCCCGCAACGCCCAAUACGAGCGCGAGCGGCGCGAGGAGACCGCCGCCGCGACUCGCGAGCUCGCGGAAGCCGCGGGCUGCCCGCCGGACAUUUCAACAGGGGAUUUGCUUACGACGGUGAUCGAGACUCUCCGACGUCGCAUGGCGCCGCGACCCGGGGACGAGAUCGCUGAUCUACGGCGUGUCAACAAGAAGUUGAAAGCACAAGUUAUAAAACUGGAGCGGAUGUUAGGGCAGGAGCAGCUUCCCUCACAAGAGACGGGUGCCCAGGAGAGCCCUCCUGCUCUGCCUGUUCAGGAGCCUCCACUUGAGUCUGAAGCGUCCGGGCUGCAGUUACUGAGUCCUCACGAGCUGCAGUACUUGGAGAAUCUGUUCGAUAAUGAUCGGAUGGGUGAGAUUCUUCCGUCAGAAGUGGUAUGUCGUUACUUCAUUGGAUUCGACUAA